AUGAACGAAACAGAAGAAAUAACUCCCGAAAUAAAUUCGGAAAAAAUAACUCCCGAAAUAAAUUCGGAAAAAAUAACUCCCGAAAUAGGUUAUGAAAAGGCAAUUUUAAGUGAAAAGAAUAUAGUUCUUCCUCCCUCAUAUUCAAGCUCCAGUAUCCAAAAUCCACAUAAUAAUAAAGACAUAUCAAGUGUUUUUUGCUCACCAGACUUACGGCAUGUUGCAACUGCUAGUUUGAAGGAUCGUUCAGUUUGCACGUGGGAAAUCCAAAAAGGCAAAGAUGGAGAACCUAUAUUACAUAAGGUUGAUUUACUUAAAUUUGACAACAUAAGUUUAAGAGAACCAAUAAGGAUCUCGAAUUUCAAGAAUAUUCUUAUAGGAAAAUGUAAAAAAAAUUCGUUAAAACUCAAAAUCAAUGUUGAAAAGAAUACCGAGAAUUUCAAUAAUACCGAGAUGAAAAGUUGGCAGUCAUCGAGGGAAAUCCAGCCUAUCGGACGUUGCACUAUUUCUCGAGAUAGAGUAUUGAUUCUCUUGGAUGUACCUUUUGUGAUCAUGCAAUGGAAUUUGUUAACAAGAGAGUUAGAAGCACAAUACGAAUUAGAUUGGAGCUUGGCGUCUUGGGAAUAUAUUAGCAUGGAAUUAAACUAUGAUGCUAAAUGUUUAGCAGUAGCUGGAAAUCUGAAAGAAACUACAGAAUCAAAGGUCUAUUUUUAUUCAACAAAAUCUAGAACAAUGGUAAAAGAUGUAUUGUUUGAGGAAAAUUUCGCCAAUAUUUCUGAUUCAUCAGAUAAAUCCAACAUGAAAUUUAUUGCAUUAGCGGGGAAGGAAUAUUUAUUCGUCUAUUUUGUGCAAAAUGAGUCCUACGUUAUUAAUCUAGGAACUUUUUUGAAAUCAAAAAUUCCAUUGUUUGAUUUUACUGACGGAAAAGAUUUUAUUAUCUCUGGUCGCUAUCAUUCACAAACUAUUCCUCCAGACGAUCCUCUUCCUCUUUGUGAUGUAGACAGUUAUAUAAUACGAUCUAAACGAAUUAAGAAACCUGAUGAUAAACAAAAACCUAUGUAUAUACAACAACCUAUGGAUGUACAACAACCUAAACAACAUAUACAACCUGAUGAUAUUAUAGAAAUCCAAAGAUUAUCUCUGAAAUUGGCGGAUAAAACACUCAGCGAAUUUAAGGAAGAGAAUGAAUCUAAUCAACAGUCUAAUGGAAAAGAAAUAAAAGGCAUAGUAGAGAACUAUUGGAAAAAGCGUAAAUCAAUCAAGGAAUUAGAACUACCGAAUGUCGAACCAGCAAACAUUGAAGGUCAGCAAAAAGAUCAAAAUGGCGAACCAGGUCAAGAACUAGCAGACCUUCAAGGUCUUAAAUACAAAUGGGUUGUUAGGGGCUGGAAGGAGGGCAAUGAGACAUUCAUAGCUGAAUUAACAGCUAAAGAAAAGGGAGCGCAAAUCGGAAAAGUAGACGUUUGUUUACGCGCAAUAGUGUAUAGAAAAUUAGUGGCGUCUCAAGCGAGUACUGUUUCGAGUAAUUUUCCGAUUAUUGGUCCGAUUAUUGGUCCGAGUAUUGGUCCAAGUACUGGUCCGAGUAUUGGUCCGAUUAGUCCGACUGAUUCGAGUCAGGAUACAAGGGAGUUUGACCAUCAAUAUUUGAAAGAUACAUAUUCUAAGGAGAAUAUAUACAAAGGGGAACUGCUCCGAGGCAUUAUUCAAGCGAAAGAUGUUGAACAAA